AUGUCAUUAAGAAAAAGUCUUUACAAACAGAGCUUGAGGAAUGCCGCAUUUCCGGUAAAUUCUGGGGACUUGAGCAUCGAAGACAGGUAUUGGAUUAGAGAUUGGUACCAUCCUCAAAAAGUCAGUAAGGAGACCAAUAUUUCUCACCAAAACAAUAUGUCUGUUCAAAGCCCUUCGGGUGUACUCACGCCUCAUGAGUCAACCCCUCAACCACAACUAUAUCAUCAGUCGUCCCAAUCACAAACCCCGCAACCUUUGAAAGCCUAUGGGUUCAAGAUAAAAGCAUGGAUUGCGGUUGAAAGGGACGUCUAUAAAGAUUGCAUUGAUGAGGAUUCCGAUACCGUUUUGUCAUGGAUAGAUCAUCCUUAUCUGUCUAGCAUCCAGGCAGCCAAAGAUUUCUCUUCUAAUGGGACAGGUGGUUUGACUGAUGCUGAUAUCAAGUCUGCCGUUAGCGGAACAGGAGAUGGUAACAGGCUUUUCUCGAGCAGUGCGCAGCAUGAGUUGCAAGAUGCCAAAAAUCAAGCUACUGACUCCUUCCCAAACCAAGAUGAAACUUCUAAAAUGAAAACGGAUUAG